AUGGCUCAUAGUUUGAUAAUGAAUUAUGGAUUGUAUAAGCACAUGGAAAUUUACGUAAGUUUAGGGCCUUUCAAGACUCGCAGGAGAGUGCAUUUGUUUGAUAGAUUCAAUUCUAACAAUCUGAAGCGAGCCAAACCGGCUACAAAGCAGGAAAUGUGUCAAUUUCAUACCGAUGAGUAUGUAGAUUUCCUAUCACGCGUUACGCCAGAUAAUAUGGAGUUAUUUGCCAAAGAGCAAGUGAAAUUUAAUGUUGGAGAUGACUGUCCUGUAUUUGAUGGUCUGUUUGAAUUUUGCGGUAUCAGUGGUGGUGGUAGUAUGGAAGGUGCUGCACGUUUAAACAGGGAGAAGUGUGAUAUUGCGGUUAACUGGGCAGGCGGUUUACAUCAUGCCAAAAAGAGCGAAGCAAGUGGCUUCUGUUAUCUGAACGACAUUGUCUUGGGUAUUAUUGAACUACUAAGAUAUCAUGCCAGAGUACUGUAUAUUGAUAUUGAUGUUCACCAUGGUGAUGGUGUUGAGGAGGCGUUUUAUACAACUGAUCGUGUCAUGACUUGCAGUUUUCAUAAAUAUGGAGAAUUUUUUCCAGGAACUGGGGAAUUAAGGGAUAUUGGUGUUGGCAAAGGAAAGAAUUACGCUGUUAAUUUCCCUUUCAGAGAUGGUAUUGACGACCGCAGCUAUAAGAGUGUUUUCGAACCUGUUAUCUCGGCUAUCAUGGAAUGGUAUCAACCUGGUGCCGUUGUUCUACAAUGUGGUGGUGACUCUCUGUCAGGUGAUAGAUUGGGCUGUUUUAAUUUAAGUAUGCAUGGCCACGCAAAUUGUGUAAACUUCGUGAAAUCUUUUGGAAAGCCAACAUUAGUUUUAGGUGGUGGUGGAUACACCAUGCGUAAUGUUAGCAGAACGUGGGCGUUCGAAACUGGAUUAUUGGUCGGUAAGGAGUUAGGUCCUGAAAUCCCCUAUAAUGACUACUAUGAGUACUAUGGACCUGAUUAUAGGCUUGAAGUUCGCCCCUCGAAUAUGCAAAAUGCUAACUCGCCCGAUUAUCUUAAAAAGAUUCUGGACCAGGUUCUCCAAAACCUUUCGCGUACAAAGUUCGCACCAUCUGUUCAGAUGCAGGAUGUUCCUCGUGAUGCACCUGAUGAGGGCGAUGUAGAAGAAGACACUGAAGCGGCCAAAGAAACAAGAGGUGGAUCCCAAUUUGCGCAUGACGAGCGUGUUGAAGCUGGAAAUGAGUUUUACGACGAUGAAGACUCUACGGGAGGAAAAAAGGUUUCCAGCACUAAUUAUAAGGAAGUGGAUGGCGAUACUUCGAUGCAGUUGUAA